AUGAGGGCGAAGAAGAGGCUUAGCCGGUGGGCCCACACGUCCGUUUUCAUCGUCGCUCGCUCGCGCUCAACGCGCUCUCCUUUUCCGCACAGCGCAGAACGAGGAGCUGCUACUCCCGGAGAGAAGGGAGCAGAGAGGUCGGCCGCUGCUGCAGACGACGGCCGCCGGCUGAUGGCCCCGACGAAGCCGCGCAACCCCUUCGCCGUCCCGCCGUCGCUGCCCGACUAUAGCUGCUCCCCCUUUCCCCCUUCGCGAGCCGGACUCGGCGACGAAGGAGAGACGGAGAGCCUCAGGGGCGGCAGAAGGAGGAGGAGGAGGAGGAGGAGGAGAGGGGAUACGGAGCCGCGGGCGCGGCGGGGGGUGGCGGGGGCGUGGCCGCGGUGCGCGCGCCCGCUGCGCAGUGGGGGCGGCCGAGGGCUCCGCCGGCGGCGAGCGCGCCUCCGCCAAAAAUCUGGCCGAGUCGCCGCCGCCGCCUCCGCCGCCUCCGCCGCCGCCGCCUCCGGCCGACACUCGGCGUGGAGCCGUCCUCCGCUGCUCUGCCCUCGCCGCACUCUGCCAGCCACCCCCUCCUGCCCGCCCCUCCAGGCACCGCUCGCUUCCCGCCGCGUGCUGUCAAGUGAAGUGGCCGGCGACCUCCGAGGCGGCGCGGGAUGCGGCCCGGCGACGGCAGGCCGCGCUGCUGAGAGGCGCCCUGCUGAGGCGACGCGGCCGGGCAUGCGGUCCAAGCCGGUGGCACGGAGGCUCGCGCAAGAUGAAGCAUGUGUCCAUAAUUUCACGCUGCAAACAGCCUUCGAAGCAACGAGUGGGAGCCGAUAUCAGUGCGUCAAUAAACGUGAAGUCAGCUUCAUCUGCCGGAAAGCUAUCGGCCUAGGCAAAAGAGCUUUAUCUUAUUGA